CAGUGCAUUUUUUCGAGGAAAAAAGGGAUAUUUUUAGGACGAAAAACUUCGUGUAAAACAACAGAUCCAACAGGAGUACAAUACAUUGACAAUGGCAUCUUUGAUAACAUCAGUAUCAUAUACCAGGAUAGCCAUUUUGGGAAUAAUAUAUUCAUUCAUCUCACUGGUGACAAUACUUGAUGCAACAACAAUAGUGGGAGCACAAACCACCGAUAUUGAAGCAUUACGAUCUCGACUUGCAAGUGCCAUCCAUGGCUUGAACGAGGACGCUUUGCGUGGUUUCUUCGACACCGAAGAUUCCAUCAGCUACCAAUCGAAGGCUUUCCACCAUCUCUCGGAACAAGUCGACGUCGAUUCUUUGAACGACGCGAAAAUCGUUCAAUAUUACGCCUUAUAUUGCAUUUACCAUGCCACUAAUGGAGUUGCAAACGAAAUCACGAAUGCUGAUGCGAGGUUCGACAAUAUUGCGAUGCCGGAAUGGCUUAUCGCAACAAACUGGAAGGACGUGACUGAUGUCGAUCCCUGUGGAACAACUUUUAUCACUGCGACCGAUGUUGCUAACGAAACUUCGCUUGUAACUACUCUUUCUCUAGAAAGCAGUGGAGGUUGGUACGGCAUUAGUUGCGAUACGGAAGGGAGAGUGGUUGCCAUUGAAAUAUACGAAAACAUGCUAACGGGGCACUUCCCUUACGAGGUUGUCUUGCUUGCCUCUGAUGGACCAUUUAGCACGGGAGCCGGAAACCUUGACAAACUGGAUUUGUUUCAAAAUGAAUUUCUUUCGAAUAAUGGGGAUAGUUCCUGGAUUUCUUAUUUAGGAUCAAACAUUAGUGAGUUCUAAGUUGGUUGGAGAGUCGUGGGAUAAUUAUGGUUUAUUUACUCUCACUAAUCGUAUGAUUUUGCUCAUUUUCCUUACUUUUUUCUCGCUGCUUUUCAACAGCAACUAUACUAUUGGAAGGAACUGGAUUCACUGGCGACAUUCCAUUGUUACCAGAAAAUCUCGUGAAUUUCAACAUCGGGAACGCCUUCUUUACGGGAGGAUUCACCGAUGAAAACUUCAUGUUGUUAAGUCAAUUGAAUUAUCUCAAUUUGGACGGAAAUUUGUUUAACACAAGCAUUCCGGACGUAUUGAGUGAGUUGCCUGAUCUGGAAUAUCUGUACCUGAGUGAUACGUUGCUGACUGGUGACUUGUCACCCCUGGAAGGAUCACCAGCAAUCAAAGAAUUUUGGGCUGACGGGAAUCCUAGUCUUGGUGGCCCUUUGUUCUCCUGGCUGGGAGAUAUGGGCACUUUGGCCUCGCUAUCACUCGCAUACAAUAACUUGACUGGAUCUAUCCCUCCUGAGAUAGGCAAUCUCGUCAAGAUGGUAAGUGACAGAUAUUCAUUCAAUUUGUCAUUUUGUCACAUUCUGCAAGCAAAAAUUGUUUACUUUUUAAUUGACCUGUGCGGUUCUUCUUUUCUCUCCAAAAUGUAGGAACAAAUGUGGUUGCAGUUUAAUAAUCUGACCGGAACUGU